AUGAUUUCGCAGCUCGGCCAAGGCACAAGAACUGGACGGAGCGCCCUUACUGAUGUCUCUACCUGGUGUCUUGUGCUCGUCGGCUUAGGGAUCGGCAACUUGAUGGCAAGCAGCUCAUUUUUGAGCUUUUGGGUUGUCUUUGGUGAAUUACAAGUGCGCGAGGCUCGCAGGCGUGUCUUUACCAGUCUCUUGUCCAAGCGGCCAGAUUGGUUUGCCUCCCUGGACGGCGGCAUCGAGGGACUUCACAUUCGAAUACACACACAAAUUCGUGAUUUUCAGCUGGCGACAUCUCAGGUGCUCGGUUUUGUCAUCACUGACAUGAUUACAUCGUUUGUUUCACUCGCUAUUGCUCUCUACUACUCUUGGAAGCUAGCGAUGGUCCUUUUGACAACUUUACCGGUUUCUUUCAUCAUUCUUUCCAUCGUCACGCGUAAUGUAGAUACGGAAAUGUGGCUACAGAAGCAACAUCUACAAAAAGCAUCCACAUCCGCUGCCGCAGCCGUCAACGGGAUUGAUAUUGUCACGGUAUAUGCUGGCCAUGAUCGAGAAGUAUCAAGGUAUGCCUCGGCGCUCAAACUUGCUGCUCGGCAUUUCCUGAUUCAAGCUCGCUGCAACUCGAUUCAAGCAGGCUACAUUGCCUUCUGGUCGAUUUCUGUUUUUGUCCUCGGCUUUUGGUACGGGCUGGUUUUGGUCGAGGAAGGCAUUUCACCCGGAAGCGUUGUUACGACGUUUCAUGCAAUUGUGACGGCAUUCCAAGGUAUCGAAUCCCUCGUUGGUCACUGGCUUGUCUUGUCCAAAGGCAAAAGCGCUGUUCAUUUCCUAUCAAGCCUGACCAAAUUCGAGGGAAGCUUUGAAGCUCCUUGUACCAAAAACCACCGGGAAAUCAUUGGCGAUGUUCGCUUAGAGAAGGUUGCUCAGGUCAACUUUGCCUACGAAUCAAAUGCUGACAACAGCUGUCUGAGAGAGGUGUCGUUGCACUUUCCGGAAAAGAACAUGACUUUUAUGAUAGGCGACAGUGGAUCGGGGAAAAGCACAGUCUGUGCUUUAAUUUCCAAUCUUCUAACACCUGUUGAUGGGAAAGUAUUAUAUGAUGGCUAUCCUGUUCAUCAGCUGUGCCCGAGGUGUCUCCGAAUGCAAGUUGCUUUAGUACAACAGGACAGCCCUGUCAUCCAUGACACAUUCUUCAACAAUGUGGCACUUGGAAGCACAUGUCCAUCAGAGGUUACUGAAUCUGAGGUUUUACAAGCAUGUGAAUUUGCGCAGCUGCAAGGCCUUUUGUCGGAUCUGCAGUGCGGAUUAUCUACGGUGAUCAGACCUGAUGGUCAACUACUCAGUGGUGGCCAGAGACAGAAACUUGCUCUAGCACGGGCGUGGUUACGAGAUCCGGCAGUCUUGAUUCUGGACGAGCCCACGAGCGCCAUGGACCCGAUGAGUCAAAUGAAAGUCAUGACGGCCAUCAGGAGAUGGCGACAAGAUAGAACGACCAUCAUUGUCACUCAUGAUUUGUCGAACAUUCAGGACCAGGACUUCGUUUACAUCCUGAGAAACGGCUCUGUAUUUCGUCAGGGUCAAAUGAUCUCCCAAAUGUGGGUUGAUAAUCUCAGGAAGCAAGCCCUCCGGAAUGUCCUGAAGCAGCCAGGGUCAUGGUUCCAGAAAACCCACGUCACCUCUGCGCAGAUCAUUCAAUGUUUUGACAGAAACGCUCAGGAGAUGAGCACUAUCGUUGGCAAGAUCAUUCCUGUUGUGAUCCUUUGUCUCGCAAGCACAUCUAUAUCGAUCAUCUGGGCCAUGGAAAUCUGUUGGAGAUUGACAUUGAUCACACUGUCACCAUUACCACUGAUCAUUGCCGCGGUGAAGGCUUACUCUUCCGUCAGUUCCAUGUGGGAGCAGAGGUGCAACGACGCUGCCACAAACUCUUCCGCCAUAUUGAAAGAAGCACUGCUUAACUUUGAAUUCGUCAGAACUUUUGCGCUUGAGCCCUACUUUAGUGACAAGCAAGCCUCAGCAGCAGACCAGGCUCUCCGCACCGGCCUCAAGAAAUCGCUUUACACAGGUCCCCUUUUUGGUCUCUAUCAGUCAAUCAUCAUGCCGCUCACUUCUCUCGUCUUCUAUUGUGGUACCUUUAUUUUAUCAACGGACUCGAGCACCGAUGUAGACGAAGUUCUUCAGGUCAUCAAUCUCCUGUUAUUUUGCAUUGGCACGACAUUCGAGCUGCUGAAUGACCUCCCCGAAUUGACGGCAUCUAAAGAAGCAGCGGCAGAUUUCUUACAGUAUGUUCGAUUGCCCACGACUGCUCAUUCGCAGCCAUAUUUGCUGAAUGAGCCUUCGUUUCCGCUCCCAGUUGAGAUGUGUAAUCUAUAUUUCGCACCUGACCAAUUCUCUCCCAACAUAUUGAAUGGCCUAUCCCUGAAGGUCAAUCCAGGACAGGUUACGGCAAUAGUAGGUGCGUCAGGCAGUGGAAAGUCUACGGCACUGUCGCUUCUUCUUGGAAUAAACACGCAAAAUCAGUUGUUACAUGAUGAGGCAGAGGUUGACAAGUUCGGGCUGAGUUUCGGCAACGUAUUCCUGCCCAGCAUCGACAUGGAACACCUCCAUCGUACAAUGGCGUACGUUCCGCAGAAACCGUUCCUUUUUCCAGCCACCAUUGCCGAAAAUAUUGCCUAUGGGAUUUACUCGGAAUCCCCUCAGUCCUUACAACAGUCAGUCAUCCUAGCUGCCAAAGCGGCAGGGAUACAUGAGUUCAUUGUUUCACUUCCAAACGCUUACAAAACCACCAUUGGAGACGGAGGCCAAGCACUAUCAGGCGGCCAGUCUCAAUUGGUGAACAUUGCGCGAGCCCUAGCAAGGAAACCAAAACUUCUUAUUCUGGAUGAACCCACGAGCUCGCUAGAUGUGGACAGCGCAACCACAGUUCGUUCGGCAAUACUAAAUCUUGUUCGAUCGCCGCGCGGGAAGACACACUGCAUGGCCGUCGUCGUAGCUACUCACUGUGUGAGAAUGAUGGAGAUUACCGACGAGAUCAUAGUCCUUGACGCAGGGACAAAAGUUGAACAGGGUACAUACAGUUCAUUGAUGGCAAAUCGCGGGCCUCUGUGGCGACUUGUCCAUCAUGGCGCAGAAUGA